AACGGAAGGGUUGUAUGCAAAGAAAAAUGCCAAUAUAGCCAUAGAAAAAACUGCUACUUUCUUCUGUAUGAUCAGAAACGGAGUUGCUGUAAUGUAUGUAAAGACUGCUUUUUCAAUGGUACAAAGCACGAAAGUGGGACUAUUUGGACUGAUUCUAUUGAUCCUUGCAGGACAUUUUCAUGUGAGUCUGGGGUGCUCACAGAAGCUAAGAAUUACUGCCACGUUCCAUGCCGUAAUCCUCAUCCCCCGCCACCUGGUGAAUGCUGUCCAUCUUGUGAAGGUUGUACCGUGGGUGAGCGCAUGUAUUCUGAGAAUGAAGAGAUUGACAUUACUGAGACUGAUCCUUGCGUCAAGUGUAUCUGCCAA